UGUCUAUGGAGAGUCAUCUGUGAAAACGGAUGGUGCAAUGCCAACUUAGAGAUGAAUAAUAGGUUGGAUGUUUGCUUCAGUUUCAGGAUCAAAAUGGUUUGAGUGUCAUGUGACUGAAGGGGGGAGGUCUUAGGUGAGACCACCUCCACCACUUUAAAGGCAUACCUUUCCAGGUAACACUUUCUACCUGAGCUCCUCAGCAUCGAGCCACAGCUCCAACAGCCAAAAGAGAAGCAUCACAACUGCUUUGGGAUUUUACCUCAUCGGAGGUCAUCCUGGCUUAUUUCAGAGGACUGAUACCAAAUCCUGGAUUCUUCAUCCUGUGGACAUGUUCAGCCCAGGGCAACUGGUUUCUGCUUUUCUCCCUGCAGUUUUUCACUCACCUGCACCUCACUUUUUCCCCGCAUUUCCACCCAGACUGACCUCUCCGGCUCAAAUCUUGAUCCCGGGGCCUUUUAUCAGCUACAACUCCCUGAGGACAUAUCUGCAUCCAGAGCCGUGCAAGGAAGCUCUGCUGUUGGCCUCACAGUCAGCUCGGAUAAGGCCUCUAACAGGAAGAACUGAUGAACAGAGGCCAGUGAAGCAGCGGCGUGCACGAGCCAACUACAGCAGCUGGCAGCUGGAGGAGCUGGAGAAGGCGUUCGAGACCACCCACUACCCGGACAUCUUUAUGAGAGAGGCCCUGGCCCUCCGACUGGAUCUGAUCGAGGCCAGGGUGCAGGUUUGGUUUCAAAACCGUCGCGCCAAAAUGAGGCGGCAGCUGAAACUGCAGGGACAGCUGGAGCGUCACCCACUGAAAAGAGACCAGGAUGAAGCUCCCUCAACUUUAAAACAGACUGAAAAGUGGGACAGGGAGAGCUGGGAGAGACAACAGGAAGGACUUGGCUACCCAUGGACUGAAGCUCCUGCUGCAGUGCUGAGCGUGCGCAAGCAGCCGGUGACCCGGAGGCUUGGGAAGUGGGAGAGGCCGGAGGGCCGGGAGAGGCUGAGCUCAGAGGAGCUCCGCUCUUGCAGCAUCGCCAAGCUGAGGGCUAAAGCCAGAGAGCACAAGGCCGAGAUCAACAGCACCGUAAACAUGUCAGGAGGUGACUUACAGUCACAAACGCAGGAAACUGACGCCAUGUUCAGUGACUGAUCAUGUUCCUUCUUCCUGUUUUCACCAAAAAUGAUAAAAUGUUCUUGGAGGGGGAUAAGACAAAGCAUACGCUAAACCCUUGUGCUAUCCUAGGCACUAUACCAUUGGGAGUGGGGUCAUCUAGACCCACUAGACAGUGCUCUGAACCUUUUUUCUUCAAUGAUUUGUGUUUUUCACUGGUGUCCAUGGAUUACAUGAAAUCUUUCCACCUUUAUCCACCUUUGUCAUGGUUGGGAGAACACGUCAAUGUAAGGGUGGGAUCAUCUAAGAUAGCACAAGGGUUGAACUUUCUCACAUCAACCUUUUCCUUCAUAAAAGGAAAAAUCCAAUCUCUAAAAUUUACUUUUACCCUCUGUUUCCAUUCAUAAAAAAAAUCAUUUUUCUGUUUACGCACAUGCAAAAACUCUAUGUGCUGUUUUUUAAAAGUUGUAUUUUUUUUCCAAACAGAUGUUAUCUUUCAGCCUGACUGAUGUUUAGCGUCCUGUGCAAGAACUUCAUCGGAUAAGAGUGACAAAUGACAACGAUUGACCUUCUUGUGGGCACAGCUAAAAUAGGAUACAGUCUAAAUAAUUUCAAUGAUGACAUCCCCAGACUCCUGGGUUACAAUGACUCACAGGCAGGAUGUCUGCAUGCAGCCACACGUCCUCACGGGAAACAAUGGAAAGGAAACGCAAAAUAAAUUAUAAAUACUUAUAAAUAUUUUCUUUUUUUAUACAUAAAGUAUUUUCAUAUAUAAGAAUAAAAGGGAUGGAAAGUCAUUUUAUCAAAACAACACACUAUAAAUGAAUAUAAUUUGUUAAAACUGUAAAUCAAUUUAAUGUUUAUAAGUGAUAUAAUGAAAUAUAUUUUUAAAAAAUUCCUAAUUCUUGUUACAAGUGGGGGACAAAUUGUUUUUUUUCCUUUAGAUUAAGCUGAUCAAGCAUUGUGGAAAAAAUGACAAUUUAUGUGGACUUGAAUGAGUCUUAAUUAAAACACUGCCCCCUUCUGGUCAUAAUAAAAUCCACUCGUUCAGGAAGUAUGGUAAAGUUUCUGCAUUUACAGUGGCAGAAAUGUUUUUGUAAAUAACAUUAAUGGGAAUUUUUAUCAAGUGUAGCUGGAUUAUAA